AGAGACUCGUGAACAUAAGCAGUAGUGAUUCUUCGCCCCUCCCUCUCAAAUAGUGGAAGUGAUACUUCGAAAUCAUCUGUUAUCAUUUUAAUGAAGAUAAAGGGAGGUAGGAAAUUCGCAGAUUUGAGCGGUUAAUCCAUGAGACCCUCAGAGCCCAAGCAUGAGCCAGGGGAGCAGUGCUUGUUUGUGGAUCCCAGUGUCUCAGCACUGCCCUGCACCAUGUGAUCGUUUCAAGCAUGCUUCUUGUGCCCACAGAGAACAUGUGUACUUACUAGGAGGCAGAGAAAAAUGCUCACUGAGAGAUUUCUGGAAAUAUAAUGUGGUAUGUAAUGAAUGGGUCGAAAUUUCCUGUAAUAGUGAAGAGGCACCUGACGAACUGGAGGAGCACACCAUGGUAGCAUAUCAGGAAUUUCUCUAUGUCUUUGGAGGAAUGCAAGAUUCGGCAUAUACUAACUCAAAAAUACCUCUUUGGGUGUUUGAUACAGUUAAAGAGCUCUGGAUUAACUGGAAAACAGGGAGUGAAACUGUACAGGAAGUGACACCAGGAAACAGAAAGGGGCACAGUGCAGUCACCUUUGGGUCAUCUAUGUAUGUUUACGGUGGAUACAUUGAUAUAAGAGGAUCGACAGAGGAAUUCUGGAAAUUUGAUUUCGAUUCCAGGGUGUGGUCGCUACUAAGCAGUGUUCAAGGUGGUCCUGGUCCCAGACAUUGUCACUCAGCUAUGACGCACCAGGACUGUAUUUACCUCUAUGGUGGCCUUCAGGGCCUGAGAGAAAAGAGGGACCUGUGGAGAUGGAGUUCUACCAGUCAAAACUGGAGCUGCAUCAAGUUCCAUUCAGGUCCAUCCAAGCUGGUUGGCCAUUCUGCUGUGUUAUAUAAAGAUAGCAUGCUCAUCUUUGGUGGAGGAGAAACCCAGAGUUCCCCUCAGAACAGCUUAUGGAGUUUCAACCUGAAAACAAAUACCUGGAAGAAGCUGCCAUUGUUGCCUAGAUCUACUUCUCCGUGCCGUAUCUAUCACUGCAGCAUUGGCUUAGGCCUCAGUUUUCAACCUACAGCCCCAAACAUCAACUGCAGGGAAAUACCCAACUCUCACAACAUCAGUAACAAGCUAAGGCCCUUUAAGAACAAGUGCUUACCAUCCCACUCCACGUUGCAAGAGAACUGCAUUGAGCUCCAGACGCUCCGAGCGGACAAUAGGACAUUUUUACCAGAUUUUACUAUUGCACUGAAAGAAUCAAAGACUACGGGGAGCUGUCUCACCUUUGAGAACCAGGAGGCUGUUAGUGAGAACCGGAAUAAUGGUGACCUGACAGAGGAAACUGAGGACACCAUGUUUCUCCAUAUGCCUGACUUGCUUUUAGUCUUGGGAGGUAAACCUCUACAAGGACAGCAUGUUAUUUCAGUGUGGCAUAUGACAGUGGCAUGAAUAUGAAAGAAUGGAGCUUUUGUUAUUUUCAGAGCAUCAUAUCUCAAUCUCUGUGAGAAAUGAAAGGCCUUCACAACAAUACCCACAUCCUGUGGCAGAAUGGUGUCAUUAAAGUUGAAUUCAGCUUUGUGCAAACUCUAUGUCUCUACUCAGUGUCUGUAAUUACUAAUGCUAUUACCAUUCAACUUUUCGUUUGCAUCUGUUCUUGUUGCAUUCCCAAAUUUAAAGGCUUAUAACUCACAAAAAACAAAACAAAAAAAAACAAACAGGAGGGUCAAAUGAUUGGUAUCAUUGUAAAGAAAACUUUUCCCAAUUUUUUAUGUUAUAGAUUAUGAUACAUUCUGUGACUCUAAGCCUAAGAAACUACUGAAAAUCACCAAAAAAUUAGCCAAAAAUUUUCUUAUUUGAAAUUAUACAUCUCUGGGUAUAAAUAAGGUGGCUCUGAAAAACUGCUUUUGUUUUGUUCCCAAUCAUGUCAACUGUAUCUGAGGAACAAAUUGUGUUGAUACGACAAAGCAAUCAAAAGUUAUAGCAUUACAAAAAAUAAUUUUUCAUUGUGUCCAAAAGCCUCUCCAAACAAAUAAAACAUAAUAAUUGUACAUAAGAACUAAUUAUUCAUGCUUUCACGCUUUGUGUGGAUUAUAUGAAUGAUUUAUGCAUUAGAUUACCUUGUGUGUGGGCUCGUUUGAAAGAUAAUCACCUCCUCUAAGUAAUGGUAUGUGAUAUUUUAUGUUCCGCUUAGAUUUUUGAAGUUGUAAGUGAAAACGUGGCAAAUAAGCAACACCAACAUAACUGUCAAAGACAUAUACUUACCAGUACUCAUUAUAUUUUUGUCUGUAAGUAAAUCAAAUAGGCUGUUUGUAUUCUACUCUUUGAGAGCUUUCCAACAACAUGUGACACAUGGCUAUUUGAUCAGUUUGAUGUUUUCACUGAUUGGAAUAAAAUGUACGGUGCAAAUUGUUUUUAUAAAUGAUUAAAACGGAAAACCUCUGAUCUGUCUGAAAAUUUCAAAGCACUUUUUUAAUUUUGGUCAUAAUGCCUACAUGCAUCGGAAAGUAGAGCUUCUAAGCUUUCAAACGAUACCUAUUUUAUGUUGGUUAAGACUCUAGUUAUUAAUGUUUUGAUGAUGUUUUUUUUUUCUCGUGGGCCCAUCCAAGCUUAAAGGGUUAACAUAAAAAUAAUGUAAAAAUGCUGCAGUAAAAAAAACAUUUAUUGGUUUACAGGUAGUUACCUUAACAUAUACAGUAAAAAUUAUAAUAUAUUUAAUACUUUUACAGUAAAAUAAUGUAAAACAAAAAAAUUUUUAGAUGUAAAAGUACCACAUAAUUAAUGGUCAAAAUGUAUGUCUAGCAAGAGUGCAUGUACUUUUACGUUAAACUAUUGUUAAAAUUACGGUGAACAAAAAUAACUGGGCAUUCUGAAGAGUCCCUGUGUGAGCCAACACUUUUUAUUAUAUUUCAUGGAAAUUUAUAUGUUUCUUCUUACUUUUUGAUAUAAGUUAUGUACAUUGGGGUGUUCUGUGUUAUAUUUUAUUUAGUUAAGUUAAUGUUUAUUACAUAAUUUUAGUGUCACGUGUUACCCUCAUGGUGUUUUGUGUUUUGUGCUGUGUUUCAACGUGUAUUAAUUACUGCUCCUAGAAGGGUCACGCUUGAUGAACUUUGUCAUCAUGUGGCCUUCUGUUGUUACUAUGGUGAUUAACAAUACAAAUAAAUAAAAAAAUAAAAAAAAUCUAAUGAAGUGUAAAAUAGAUAUUUGUAGUCAGAAGGAUGAUAUAUUAAGUUUAUAACAUUUAAUAAUAUAAACUGUAGUGAACUGUACAUUUACGGUAUUUUAAUGUAGAUUUGUUUUCCCAACAUGCUUUGCAUGAGACUCAAUGGGGAGAGUAAAUGUUGAAAUUAAGAGCUAUUUUAUGUGUUUUUUGUGCAAGUGAUUUGUAAGUAUUUAAUGUUCUGUUAUGUUGAGAUUUAGAGGAGUUUCUGUAAUGUUUGAGAUUUGGGGGUUACCACUGUGGUGAAAAGUCAGGCUUGUGCUUAAUAGCUCCUGCAAUGUAAAGUUUCUAAAUCUUAAAGUAGUAAGUCGAAAUGAUUUUAAAAUGCAUAGUGGAGUAAAAUUACUUUAAAAAAAAAAAAAGUGUUAAAAAAAUAGAAAUGUAUUUGUUGGCAAGGCACAGUAAUUACAGUAAAAACAUGUUUUGUUUUUAUGAAUGGUCUAACAAUGUUAUUUCUGUCACAAACUGCCUUUUGUUUUCCCCUUAUUCAGGGACUUCUCCCAGGCCUCCUGACCCUGUCCCAGCC